AUGAUCAGGACAAGCAGAGGUCAUGGUGUGGAUGAAGAACAGGCCUGCGCGUCACACAGUUUGUUUAUUCCAGCACCACUGGGAGAUCCUGGUGACCGGAAUGUCCGUAUUUCCUCAUCCGUCACCUCAGGAAGCAGACAGGUGGAUGGGUUGACAAGGACCUGGGUGACUCAGCUGGUUACUACUGCGAGUAGUACAAAUACUGAAAAUGUUUUGAAAUGUGUAGGUGUUACCUUUACGGAAAAAUGGAAUACAGACAAUGUCCUGGUGACCGAAGUUAGUGCUCAAGACUUCAUGAAGGGUGUGAAAGUGUCAUUAGAUACAUCAUUCAAGCCCCAAACUGGAGACAAGUCACUGAAAGCCAAGACUGAAUUCAGGAACCAAACCGUAUCGGUUAAUUGUGACUUGGAUUUCAAGGCUGGAGCCCCUGUGGUUAAUGCUGCUGCUGUCCUUGGAUACAAUGGAUGGCUUGCGGGUUAUUCAACCAAAUUUGACUCUCAGAAGUCCAAAAUAACUGGAAAUAACUUUGCCCUGGGCUAUGCAGCUGGAGAUCUAGUUUUCCACACAAGCGUUGACAAUGGGCAAGAGUUCGGUGGCUCCAUCUACCACAAGGUGAACCCUAACUUUGAGACAGCUGUGAACCUGGCGUGGUCGGCCGGCAAUAAUGACACACGUUUUGGCAUCGGCUGUAAGUACAACCUGGACCACGACACGGCUGUCAGAGCCAAGGUCAACAAUGCUAGUCAGAUUGGACUCAGUUACUCCCAGAAGCUCAGAGAAGGAGUGACAAUUUCUCUCUCUACCUUAAUUGAUGGAAAGAACUUCAACGAAGGUGGUCACAAAGUUGGCUUCAGUCUUGAAUUAGAAGCUUAAGUCAGUCAUCGUAUGAGAUUUGAAGAAAGAAUUAGAUGCUCACAUCCAUUUGUUGACCAUUUAAAAUGACAUUACAACAAUUAAAACGUAUGGAAAACUCAAUCAAAUUUGUGCAUUGUAAAAACUCUGCAUGGAAAUGUUAAGGAGUGUUAGUAUUAACAAUUUAUAUCUAUAUACAGUACAUUGUAUGUAGUGGCAAUUUCAGUUUUAUAAGCUUGUCGUCGGACGCUGUUUUGGGUACACUUUUGUUCCACAUUUCCUAAUUAGUGGUACAUAUUAUAUAUAUAUUUGUAUACAGACACUCUUUCUUCAAUCUUCAACAACUCGAAUUUUUUAGUCAUUUUUUUGAAAUUUAACUUAUAUGACUGGUAUUGUGCAACUGUUUUAAACCUGUCUAUUAAUUAUAUUGUAAAUAUGUAAUGAAUGAAUAUUUGUUGUUGGAAAAAACAGCUUCAUAUUAUAGGAACUGUAGUUGAAAGUAAA